CGUGGUAUCUGAAGGGUGGAGACUCAGCAGCAGAGAUCUCAGCUGGAGCAGAGCGGCUGUGGAUGGACUCAGAGAGACUGACUCUGUGAUCUGAAGGAGUGAACGUGUGGAUCUCACCCCACAGCCCUGGAUGUGCGUGGCUUCACAACAGCAGGAUCAAAGUAAAGGCGGAGCGGGCGAGGCGUGACCGAGAGCACGGAUGGCGAGCAACAACACGGCCAGCAUCGCUCAGGCCAGGAAGCUGGUGGAGCAGCUGAAGAUGGAGGCCAACAUCGACAGGAUCAAGGUGUCUAAAGCAGUGGCGGACCUGAUGUCUUACUGCGAAGCUCACGCCAAAGAGGACCCUCUGUUGUCGCCGGUGCCAGCGUCGGAGAACCCGUUCAGGGAGAAGAAGUUCUUCUGUGCCGUCCUGUAAACUCCACACGGCCCUUCAGCCGCCAACAUUCAGCACGAAGGUUCAAAACUCACUGAAAUCUUCUACUGGGACGGCGUGGCAAUUUGUUUUGCCCAGUUUGGCACUUAAAGAGUGAAAAAGUUAAAACAUGUAACCAGUAAACAUGUUGGGGUUUGUUGGGAUCGUGCAGCACGAUGAGGGGAUGUUGGCGAUGAUGGGAUUAAAAAUCGCCCGGUGGUGUAACGGGCGAUGGGACGACCAGCCACCAAGUCGUCAGCUUGUAUCGUGUACAAAUAAAAGGGU